CCUAAACAUGGUAGCUAAGCAAUGACACACACUAAAACAAAGAUUAAGGACCUUAGAUACUUUGCUUCCAACGAUCAUUUAUCGCAAUGGUCGACAACGGUCUUCAACAGCUACAGACGGUGCUGCCACUCUUCCUGCUCUUAUGUGGCUGCAUGUGGGGGUCUCGCCAAGUGGAGGCCUCAGCAGAUACCCUCAGCUCUGUGGAUGCUUCUUUUUGCUUUGGUGACCUGGAGGUAAUCUACCCACAGCUGGAUGUUGAUAAGUGCCUGAUUGCUCCAAAGGAUCACAUGAAACUUCGAGAGAAGCUCAGCACCGAGUGGGGAGCUCCAAGUAUUUGGUACUCUGCAGCGAAUGAGGGAAAGAUGUACAUUCUGGUGAUGGUUGAUCCUGAUGCUCCAAGUCGCUCUAAUCCGACAUUCGCUUACUGGAGGCACUGGCUCGUCACCAAUGUGCAGGGAAGUUCGCUGAGGAAGGGAGAGUUACAGGGGAUGACCAUCACUGACUAUCGUCCUCCAACUCCACCACAGGCCUCUGGUCUCCACCGCUACCAGUUCCUGUUGUAUGAGCAGCCAUCCGACAUGGAGGUGCCGCUCUCCCAGCGGGAGUCGUCGGCACGAGGUCAGUGGAAUCUGGUGGCUUUCAUCCAAAGGUUUCAUCUUGGAGAGCCUGUGGCCGCAGUGCAGUUUCUCACACAAAACUACAAAGACUGAAGAAGCCCUCUGAGGUGUCGUGAGCCUGCAUGGUGAUUGCACAGUCAACAGAGUUAAUUCAGACAGAGUUUGAAUUUAUUGCAAUUGCAUGAUUUCUUUUAAGCUUAAAAAAGCAGAUCUACUCUUGUUUUCUUUAUCAUUGCAUUAGGCAAAGUUUCCUCUUUGUGUUUCCCCUCUUGCUGGGUUUUGAUCAUCACAUGAUCCUGUACUGUGAUGUUUAGGGGAUAGAUUUCUGGGGAUUUCUUAUUAGUUUCCGAAUACUGUCGGCAAGAAAGGGAAAAGGGCCUCUGAUAUCACAACCCGGUGUGGAAAGAGUUGCUUCUAAAUCAAGGGCGGAAACACGUCAGGGCCAAAAAAAGGAAGUAGGAGGUGAAACUGAGACCGCAGCACAACCGGAUGCUGCAGUGGAACUAAAAGUGACAGGAUGGUAAAGUGGGGAGGGGCUUCGUGGACUAUUUUAUUUUGGCAAAGGGGACUUACCAUUUACCAUAUUUUGUCAUUUACAUAUUUCCUCUGACCACUUUCUAUUGGAAAGAUUAGAGCAACUUCCAGGGUAACCUUGAAUGGUUUUACUGUAAAGUAAAAGCUCCUCUAUCUAAAUGUGUCCUUGACUUUGACACGAUGAACCCAUUUUGAACUUUAGAGAGUUGCAUAAAAAACCCACCUGGCAGGUUAACUUUUCAACCCUUCCACUUGCAGAUACUCUUACGACUCCACGCUUCUUUGUAGAGGGCGGGUCUGUUUUACCCCCCCCCCCCCCAAGGAGGAGUAUUGGUUUCUAACUAGCACCUCUCCUCUGGGAUGGGCUUGUAUCAAUACCCCAGGUGUCUGGAUUUCCAUCAAGGACUUUGAUGUUGUGAUGAUCAAUCUUUAGUUGGACCUUUGAUUGACCCUAGUUUGGUGUCUCUUCAGUGGUCCAGGCAGGAGUAGGUAAUGUUCCUUUGGUGGAUAAGCCAGCCUUGGUAAACCCCUGUGUGCCCUCCCUAUGAACCCUCAGAGAUCAUUGAUCAAUGUGUCCCGCAUCCGCUUUGUUUGCUUCCUGGACUUAGCAGUCGAAGCGCUGCAAACAAAACAACAACUGAUUAGUAUCCAUCUCAUGGAACAUCCCUCUCCACCUUGAUUUUACCGAUCAAACAGUUUCACAAUUGGCAAGUUGGCUAUAAUUCCACACUCAUUGCGUAACAUGCCAAGUGGAAGAGAAUUAUCCCCCCUGCCCCUCAAAAAAAACACCUACUUGGAAUGCAUCAGCAAUUUAGUGCAUUGCCAAGAUUGUGACUUUAAAAAUAAAAACGCCGCUUUGCUUCCAUUCAUAUCGUGACGUGAUGCUGCCGAAAACAACUGGAUUUGUCACUCGGCUUCCUCAAAUGUGUUUUAUUUUUACUCCAAAUGUCAGGAGUGAUGACAGACUGACAGCUGUCAUUCGACAACACAUACAACCCUUGAGAAUAUAGCAAAUGUAUUUAAUAUCUUUGUAAUGUAUUCAAACUUACAUUAAUUAAAAGCAAUCUGUUUAAUCAAUUCCAUUGCCUAACCGGGACAAAAGUGAUCUAAUAUGCGCAAUGACUUUUCUUUCUCACUGUUGAAGAAGAGUGAGAGGGUUGAUUCCACUGGAGAAUUGGAGACAAAUGUGACAUAAACACACUUUAUUUUGACGCCAUGUCUCACUGAGCAUUGACCUGUAUUGAGUGUACUGUGGGAUUUCAAUGCUGUCUUCGAUGUAAAUUCACUCACACAUCCAACACUUGUUUGCUUUCAUCAACAUAAAACACUGAAUAAUGCAAUGCAGGCUUUGACUUGUUCUCUUAAGGUGUCUCCUCUGGCUGCGUUUGUGACAAGGUCUCACCUCUUAUUGCAUGAAAUGGAAUAUAAAAUACAGUGGAACAGCGAUAAAACGGACUCCGAUAUAACGGAUAUCAGAUAAAACGGACCAUCGGGACUGAACUUGUCCAAAAAUAAUUUCACUUAAAAAAUAAUUUGUCACUUAAACUGCCAUUGACAAAGUCUUCAUUCCAGAAUUGGCUGCUGUUGUUCACUGGCGCUUUGGCGCAAUACAACCAAUUCCAUAAGACGUACCCCCCGUGCCUACAUGGUGGCCAUGUUGAAUGUGGCGUAUUGAUGUGGCAGCCCCAUCAAUACGUGACGGUUAUAUCUUUUGUCUAUUGCACAUAGAGCACCGGAAAAGAGAGAGCAGCAUGGCGGCAGUUUUAACUCCGACGAAUACAAAACAGAGUCUGGAACACGCUAUUUUUGGUACGGUAAAAAAAUGUUGUCAAGUAGUUCGCCUUUGACUACAGAAGUUGGAACUAGGAAUCACACUAUUUCCUCACAGCUCAUGCAAGUGACUCGCCUACGAUGAGUACUCAAUGUCAACAAAGUCACAAUGACCAAGCACACCAGCAUAGCAAGUUUGGAUCAAAUGUAAAAAAAUGUCAAGCUUGUUUUAUAUUUACAAUAACGUUGUACUGUACUGGCCAUUUUAGGCCACGAAAAAAACUACAAAAUACUGUACAGUAAUAUGGGUGUCAAUCGGCUAUAUUGGACGACCCCCCCCCCCCCCCCCCCCCCCCC